UUUAACUGUCAUGUUCAGGGUUCUCUCAGCAAACUCAUUGUAAAAUUUUUUAGCUCCUUGAUAAGACGAGCUAACCGAGCGGUUUUUUUUAAAUUUCCAAAAUUAACCUUUUCUGGCUACGCAGGCUAAAGAUGGCCUCACUUAGCGUUCUCCUGCGACAUCCUGGCCGCUACCUUAUGGCCACCUGCUAUGCCCGUAUGCUGAGCAAUGAUCUGAUGGCCGCACUUCGUCCCUUUUAUUUGGCCAUUAAGCCAAGUCCCGUCGCUGAUCAAAUGCCGGCGGAGGAGAAGAGUCUUAAUGAGAAAUCGCUGCGUCAGCUUAGCUCCCAUUUGGAGUCCUUGAGUGGACAGUCCAAGGAUAGCUGCCUGCCCGCCGAUGGCCAAUUGAAAUUUUACAUGUACUCCAUGCCAGAGAGGGAGUCAACCAUGGAUGAUGAUCAAGGUGAUCAAAUCGCAAGUCGUUUGGUUCGAAUUCAAGUCGAUCGAAGUCUCUUGGACCCCAGAGCGGUGAUCAAGAACAUACUGCGAUCAUGCAAGUUGCUGCCCAAGGAUCAGAAUAUGGAUGAUAAUCAGGAACUCCAGGAGGAGGAUGAGGAUGAAGCGGAGGAGCUGCAGCAAAAGAAACCCUUUAAGCAGGAUACAAAGGCUGUGAAUGAGCUGGAGAAGGUACUGCGACGUCAGGAGCUCCAUAAGACGGAAAGGGAACGAGUGAGACCUCCCCAGAGGCAGGGAAUUCAGAAACCAAGUGAUUUGGGUAGCACCCUAAAUGAGCUCCUGCGGGAUCCACCCAAGAAAGAGGAUCACUCACUGGACACCUGGAUGCGUCAGGCUUUGGCCAGGGCACAGGCCGAGGAGGUCACAGCUCUACGGGCCAAGAUCGAUGAACUAGAGCGUUCGCUGGUGGAAAGUCUUGGGAUUCGUGGGACACGUUAUGACUGCGGUUGGAAUAUGGAGCGGUAUCAUGAUUGUCUCCAGAGUCUCAAGGAUCUGGUGCUACAGGAUCCCGAGGUGGCAGCACAAUUACGUGUCCUGGCCAAUCGGUUUGUGGUCUUUGCCCCCUACACGGGCAUCAGUCUGGAGGGUGAUGUGAUGCUCUUUUCGGGCGAUGCCCCUGCCAGUUGGUUGGCGUUCCUCUCGAAGCAGAUGCGGCUGCAUGAGGAGCAACUGCGUCUGGUGCCGCUCUACGAGAAGGCCCUGUCCGCCGUCCUUUUGGGCAUUAAAAUACAACGACGUCGUGCUCCGGUGCCGGGAUGCGAGGCCCGUGCCUAUGCCGAUAGUCUGAGACGUGUGAUCCGUGCGGUUAGUGAGCAUCUGAAGCUGGAGGAGAGUGUCCGUCAGUUGCCGGCCACUCUGCAGGAUCAUCAAUUGGUGGUCAUGCCCGAUGACAGUGAUACGCCGAAGGUUAGCCAGACGGGUCUGUUUUUGGCACCUGCCUCCUGUCCGGGUCCCGAUCUGGUGGCUUUCAUUUGCCGCAAUCUGGACGUGGCCAGUGUUCGGGUGAGUCGCUAUCGCCAGGACAUGGAGGUGGAGCGUAAAUUGUGGCGUCAGUGUCAGGAUGAGCUCGGUUUGCAGCGACUCAGCAAGGACGAUUCGGUGACACCGGACAAGAUGGUUAAGGCCCUGGAGCAUUUGCUCAAAAGUGGUGUUAAAUCCUGUCGCGGUCUAAGUCUUCACAUCACCAAUUAUUGGUCAGUGCCCACAGAUGGCAUUGUCUGCAUCCCCUGGAACUUUAUGAUGUCGCAGGAGCAGGAGUAGUUGAUGAGGGGGAUGAGUGAAGGAUGUCACAGAAGUCCUUCCACCUCAACCAAAAAUAACAAAUUCGAAAUAAAUUCAUG